CUGGCUAAGGAUAGAAGAUUAUGUCGAAAUAGAAAGUUGUCGAAGCGGCAAGUGGGACGGAAACUGGACCGCCCCUAGCAGGAGCCCCGGGUUUCGUCUUCGAAGGUAUAUAUAGAGGAGAGGUGAGACGGUCAAGGUAAGGUAAUCUCAGAUUGCAGCAGUGUUGAGCAGAUGUGCUCGACGACGAGAGCUAACCAUCCCCCAGACCGUCACUGAGACUGCAUGUGUGCUUCUCUGUGACGAUGUUCUGAAUUCCACAAUUCGUAACACAGUUCCUCCAGCUCCGUGGCGCCGGACUCUUUCGCUAACAAUUUGAGAGGCAGAGGAGAUUUUCGUUACAUCCACCAGCUUCUUCACAUUGCGAGAGAGUGCGCCAUAUUCAAGAGAAGUCGAAUUUCUCCACGUUCUGGCCGAGGGCGGGCACGGAGUAGAUCGGAACUUAGCUCUUUCUGAGUGUAGUAAGGUUCCUGCUGAGGAGAGUGGACUCCUCAACUCCUGAAUUCUCACCGCGUCGGGAGUUACAGCAUGGCAGGAGUCGGUAUUUGGUUCUUGGGAUUCGUCGCAGUCAUUUAUGUGUACUAUCGGGUGCAAAAGCAUCUGGCGCGGUCCCGAAGAUUGCCUCCUGGAACCAUGGGGUGGCCAAUCAUCGGCGAGACCAUGAAGUUUUACACUCAGCAUCCAAAUUUGUUCUUCAGCUCGAAGCAGAAAAGAUACGGGGAGAUUGUGAAAACAAGGAUUCUGGGAUAUCCUGCGGUGAUGAUGGCGACUCCCGAGGCCGCGAAACUGGUCCUGGUUACUCAGGCUCACCUCUUCAAGCCUUCUUACCCUGUUAGUAAGGAAAAGCUGAUUGGGAGAUCAGCCGUCUUCUUCCAGCAUGGUGCUCACCAUCAGCGCAUACGCCACCUUUUGCAAGCUUGUUUCACACCCGACGUCAUACGUGAAAGUGUCGGGGAGAUUGAGAGCCUCGCGCUGAGGACCAUGAAUUCUUGGGAAGGGCGUUCUAUCUGUACUUUUGCCGAGCUGAAAAAGUUUUCAUUCGAAGUCGGAUUCAUGCUGUCUUGUGGUAACGACGAUCACGUAGACAAGGAUGAAUUGCUGCAAACGUAUCGCACCAUGGAAAUGGGUUAUAAUUCGAUGGCCAUCAACAUUCCUGGAUUCAAGUUUAACAAGUCGAUGACGGCGAGGAAAAGAUUACAUACAAUCAUAGCUGGCAUGGUCGAGAGAAGAAGGGAUAGCGGUGUCAUGAAGUCAGACGUUCUGGGAACGCUCAUGAAAGAUCCAGCGUUGACUCUAGAUCAAAUAGCAGACAAUGUUAUUGGUGUGGUCUUCGCGGCCCAGGACACUACUGCUAGUGUUAUGACGUGGCUUGUGAAAUACCUUUCUGGCAGCCCGUCAAUACUCGCAGACGUCAAGGCCGAGCACGAUGAAAUCCGGGCGAGUAAAUCUUCUGAUGAUGAGGGUUUGACUUAUGCCGACUGCAAGAACAUGCCCCUCACCCACAGAGUAAUAUUGGAAACUUUAAGAAAUGCAACUGUGCUGUCAUUUACAUUCCGGGAGGCAACUGAGGACGUCGAAUACAAUGGUUAUUUGAUUUGCAAAGGGUGGAAGGUGUUACCACUUUUUCGCAACAUACAUCACAACCCAGACAUCUUCCCUGACCCAUACAAAUUCGAUCCAUCUAGAUUUGAGAAAGCACCCAAGCCCAACACGUUCUUACCCUUCGGCAACGGAGUUCACUCCUGCCUUGGCAGUGAGCUGGCUAAACUGGAGAUGUUCAUCUUCGUCCACCAUCUUGUCACGAAGUUCAGGUGGGACCUUCUAGAACCCAAAGCAGGAAUUGAUUAUCGGCCAUUUCCAGUUCCAAAGGAAGGAAUGCCCAUGCGGGUGUCUCAGAGGAGAACUAAAGCUGAGUGAAUCUGUUUGAAUAUCUCUUCAAACACCGUCAUUACUCAUCAUGUCGGAGAUCUUUAUGUGCGAAGCCGAGAUUUUGCCAAGCUACAUUGCAAGUGCGAGCCAUCGACAACAGUUUAUCCUCGCCCUUCGUAAGCUGCAAAUACUGUACAAUCGACUCCGACCACCCUCUACCUUUUGGAGAACUAUCCAACACCUACUUCACAGAUCGUCCGGGAACAAAUUUGGUGUUUUCAAGCUUAUACAUAUACAAAAAUCUCAUUACCUCGACAGGUUACCGAACGCAGCUGCGACAGCUCGCGUUAGAGAUAUACACUAAAUACAGUAGGCAUGCAUAAAUUGCCUUCUUUCUGUGAGGGUUCGAAGAAUCAGCUUACAACAGUGUUGUCACGCUGAGUUGGAAACACCAACGUUUGAGUGAGCUCUGGCUGGGCACAUUGCUUCAAAGCCAUAGUACACAGUCAGACACUCUUCGAGAAUUCAGUAGAUCUAAGGAUCUUGUACCGAUAAGUCGGAUCUUACCCCCUAUAGAAGCCGAAGGCGGGGAGGUAAAACGACUUCGGUGUUCUCCGCCAGUUGAGAAUAGUAAAGUGAUAUUAGACAGGCGAAAUUGCCAAUUUUAUCAUCGCGAUUACUUAUAAACCAGUGAUAUGA